CUCAUCAUGGCCUUGUCGAUCCUGGGAAUAGCAUUCGGUAUCGGUCUGAUUGUCGGGUCAGGACAGUCCAUAUCGGAAAAGCUGGCUUUCCAAAGCUUCGCCCUUGGACUCCCUCAAUACGGUGUCCAUCUUUUCAACAAGCCCUGGUUCAUGUCUCUGAUGAUGUUUUCGGGCAUGUUCCUAGCCCUCGUAGUAUUCUAUGUACGCGUUCUAGUAGCUCGGGUUUCGGGCAAGCCUUACUCCUCCCCAACUCGUAGGACCUGGUUGGCUAUAUUUUUCCCGGCAUGUUUCGACUUGGUUGGAACCUCAUUCCAGGCGGUCGGUUUGGUCUACACGCCCGUUUCUGUAUUCCAAAUGCUCAAGGGAAGCAUCAUAGUUUUCUCUGCAGCUCUGUCUGUGAUAUUUCUAAAACGCAAGAUGUACAGAAAUCACUGGGGUGGUGUAAUUAUUUGUGUUAUCGCCCUUAGCCUGGUCGGGUCCUCCUCGAUUUUCUCGAGAGACUCCCAAGCGGUGAGCUUUUCUGCUGGUGAAGUUAUUACCGGUAUUUGCUUUAUCAUUGGCAGCCAAGUUGUGUGUGCUUCCCAAUACGUCGUAGAGGAAUUCCUUUUGAAGGGCGGUGCCGUACCACCCCUCGCUCUAGUAGGCAUUGAAGGUAUCUGGGGCCUCCUUGUAAUGGCAUGUAUAGUACUACCAGUGAUGCAACAUGUACCGGGCAAAGACGUAGGUGGGGUUUUCGAGAACGCCUCUGAUGCUUUUGCGAUGAUGGGCGACUCUAAGAUGGUCCUUGGUGGUGUCCUCGGCUAUGCUUUGAACACUUUCGCGUAUAAUAUCUGCGCUGUUAAUGUUACUAACUCUGCCUCUGCUAUCCACACCACUAUGCUUGAUUCUACUAGGACUAUUCUUAUCUGGCUCUGUUCUGUUAUAAUGUACUAUAUGAGUGAUGAUCACUCGUUCGGUGAGCCGUUAACGCCGUACUCGCUCAUACAGCUCGCUGGCUUCGUCCUACUCGUCUAUGGUGUGCUUGUCUACGACAAUAUCGUGCGUCUCCCGUUCGGCCUGGCUGGCACUGAGAAGGUUAAUCCGUCUCGGGCUCCCAUGUCGAUGUCGAUGUCUGCUGGUACUCCUCUCGAGCGAAAGCCAUUCGUUAUGGACGACUCAGCCAACUCAAUUUUAUCGUCUAUGUCGAAUAGUGCUCGUCCUCGUCGUGUUACCGUGAAGACUGAUGUUCAUGAGCCGUUACUUAAUAAUGCUGAUACACGGGUGUAAUUGAUGUACUCUGCCACCGAUUCGCGGCCUCACUUCCUGUUGAUCGCGGUGGUUACAUCAGCCGCCUCUGUACUUCUACUGAGAAACACGAACCUCACCUUUCUGAUUCGAAUGUCGCUACUACUUCGAGUGGUUCAAUGUUCCUCAUUGAGUGCUGUACAGUUGAGCUGUGUGCUACUGCUUGUCUACCGGAAGUAGAGUUUGUUGAUGCUACCAAUAAUAUCCCCUGCUAUCAGUACUAUGUCUUAUCGUGAAUAUAAUCCGACCAAUAUUUCCCUUGAA